AUGCAAGUCGCGAAAAAAUACUUCACAGAAGGCCUGAUUCAGUUGACCAUCUUGCUCAGUUUGAUUGGAGUUCGCGUGGACAUCGACAGCUACCUAAGCGGCUACUAUUCGCCUCUCAUUGAGAUUAACUUGGGUCCUAGCUCAGCCUACACCCAGACACCCUUCCAUAAUUUGAGAGACACUCUCGGGGGGUACGCCGUGCACCCCAAAUGCCCCGAGUUGGACUAUUUCUUUGCGAGUCGCCGGCUUCUAGAGGAGGUUAGGACUCUCGGUUCUCCGCGGUUCCCCACGCAGCUCAACGCAUGGCUGGUGCACCAAGUGUCGCCUGUCGACAAGUCUGACAGUGGGCAGCCUUCAUCUAGCGGCAGCACAAACACCGAACCAGACACAGAGAGCUCAGAGUACCAAAGCAACGAUGAAAGGAACCAGGAACUGCAGCAAACAUCUUCAUCUGGGCCAUGUGUCAGCAGGCUUGUAAAAGAGGAGGAUGAUUUCGUUAAAGAGGAAGAGGAAUCUGCUCCUGUCACUCAAUUGGCACUUAGUUCCACUUUGGAACAAGAGAGUGCGCUCGAUGGCAUCGGCACGCUAUGCGAGCCAACGUGUCACCCACCCGCCUCGACUGACUUUGACCAGCACUGGAGCAGUUUCCUCUCCAUGCCCGUAUCUAACCUUGACGACAUGGACUCCCUCGUUACUGAACGCCUGUCUGACCUGGACAUGGACGGCGGUAUCAGCCUGGAUACCACUUUGCUGGACGCCAUGGUUAAUGGCGGUGGGACAUUCGACGCAAGGCAACAAAGGCCGUUGUUCCGCCAGGAGUCCACCGGUUCAUCCUGCUCAAGCGCCUCGCCGGGGAUGGCGCUAGGCCUGGCCGCGCUCCCCUUCGCCUCAGUGUGUAACUUAAAUGGCGGCACGUCAUCGCGAAGUACACUGGGCGACUGCCUGGACGAGGCCGUGUUUGACGAGAUAAAUCAACUAGGAUUGGAGGGUUUGGAAAGUAUGGACUCCCAGCUGAUGGGCUCUUUGGGAAGCAUAAAUCCAGAGUUCCUCGAAGAUUUGGACUCGGACUCUGGGCUCUCGCUGGAGAGCAGUUCUGGAGGUCCAGUCUCCCCAGGCUCGUCCGAAAUGUCCUCUUCAUCCAGUUCAUACUGCGAAGAUGAGUGUGGAGCCACAGGUUACAGCAGCGAGGCGGAAUCGCCGCCCCCGAAAGGCAUUCCAGAUCACAGCACCGCGUGGCCCCGCAUGGAUCUUGGCGAAAGCGUGUGGCACGAUCACAGCUACUCAUCUUCGGCAUUCUUCAACCCACAGCCGGUCACGCUUCCACACAAGGGUAUUAAGAAGGAACCACUAAGCGAAGACGAAGGCCCCGGUUGCGAAGAGCGAGAGAUGAGUCGCGACGAACUGCGCGCCCGCGCUAUGUGCAUCCCGUUUUCUGUCCUGGAGAUCGUCAACAUGCCCGUAGAGGAGUUCCUGGAGAUCGUGGACGGGCACGGCUUCUCCCCCGAACAGGUGACGCUCCUCAGGGACAUCCGGCGGCGGGGAAAGAACAAGCUAGCGGCGCAGAAUUGCCGAAAACGCAAACUGGACGCCAUCACGGGGCUCCAGGAGGAAGUGGACCGGCUCCACGCCCAAAGAGACAGAUUGCUGAGGGAAAAACAGAUCACGGCCAAGACCAUGGGCGCUGUCGGGCAGCAGAUACGACAGCUCACCAGAGACGUCCUGGCUCGCCUCAGAGAUGAUUCGGGACAACCCCUCAACCCGGACCUGUUCACCCUGCAGUGCGGGGCCAACGGGAGGGUGGUCGUUCAGCCUGUGAGAAGGCCCGCCGUCUCCUCGAGCGGCAAUAAAACGGACAAAAGGAAGAAAGGCAAAAAGCAGUGA